GCCCGCGGCGGGAAGUGUUGCGCAGGCGCACUUGGCCGAUUCGCUAGGUGGGGAGCCCUUGGAGGCGGCGACCCAGGCAUCUGGGGCGCCACGGAAGUCGUACUCCCUUAAACCCUGCUUUGCUCCUGUCGACAUGACCUCUUAGCUGGCAUUUUGGCAUCCCGGUUUUGUGAUGGAAGCGUCUUUAGGGAUUCACAUGGAUGAGCCAAUGUCUUUUUCUCCCCUGCGUGACCGGCUUCAGGCUGAUGGCUCUUUAAAAAAGUAUGAGCAGACUAUUAAGCUUCCAGGUGUUAAAAAGGAUAUUGAGAAGCUUUAUGAAGCUGUACCACAGCUUGGUAAUUUGUUUAAGAUUAAGGAUAAAAUUGGAGAAGGCACUUUCAGCUCUGUUUAUUUAGCCACAGCACAGUUAAAAGUCGGACCCGAGGAGAAAAUUGCUCUGAAACACUUAAUUCCAACAAGUCAUCCUAUAAGAAUUGCAGCUGAACUUCAGUGCCUAACAGUGGCUGGGGGGCAAGACAAUGUGAUGGGAGUUAAAUACUGCUUUAGGAAAAAUGAUCAUGUGGUUAUUGCUAUGCCGUAUCUGGAACAUGAAUCUUUUUUGGACAUUUUGAAUUCUCUUUCCUUUCAAGAAGUACGGGAAUAUAUGUUUAAUCUCUUCAAAGCUUUGAAACGCAUUCAUCAAUUUGGUAUUGUUCACCGUGAUGUUAAGCCCAGCAACUUUUUAUAUAAUAGACACCUAAAAAAGUACGCCUUGGUAGACUUUGGUUUGGCCCAAGGAACCCAUGAUACGAAAAUAGAGCUUCUCAAAUUUGUCCAGUCUGAAACUCAGCAGGCAAGUUGUUCACAAAACAAGUCACACCUCGUCAUGGGAAACAAGAUUUCAACGAGUGGCCCAACACCUAAGGAACUGGAUCAGCAAUGUACCACAAAAACUUCUGUUAAAAGACCCUACACAAAUGCACAAAUUCAGAUUAAACAAGGAAAAGAUGGAAAGGAGGGAUCUGUAGGCCUUUCUGUCCAGCGCUCUGUUUUUGGAGAAAGAAAUUUCAAUAUACACAGCUCCAUUUCACAUGAGAGCCCUGCAGUGAAACUCGUGAAGCAGUCAAAGACUGUGGAUAUACUAUCGAGAAAGUUGGCAACAAAAAAGAAGGCAGUUUCCACAAAAGUUACAAACAGUGGUGUGAUCAGGAAAACUGGCAGCUCUUGUCCUGCUAAUCUGAUCUGUGACUGCUAUGCAACAGAUAAAGUUUGCAGUAUUUGCCUUUCAAGGCGCCAGCAGGUUGCCCCUAGGGCAGGUACACCAGGAUUCAGAGCACCAGAGGUCUUGACAAAGUGCCCUAAUCAAACUACAGCAAUUGACAUGUGGUCUGCAGGUGUCAUAUUUCUUUCUUUGCUUAGUGGACGCUAUCCAUUUUAUAAAGCAAGUGAUGAUUUAACUGCUUUGGCCCAAAUUAUGAUAAUUCGGGGAUCCAGGGAAACAAUUCAGGCUGCUAAAACAUUUGGCAAAUCAAUAUUAUGUAGCAAAGAAGUUCCAGCACAAGAUUUGAGAAAACUGUGUGAGAGACUCAGGGGUAUAGAUCCUAACACUCCAAAAUUAAAUACACAAGGACCUGCUUCUCAAGACCCAGCUUUUUCAGAGAAGACUGACUGUAAAGCUUCCAACUUCGUACAAACAUCUCAAGUACAGCACUCAGGGAAUUCAUUAUAUAAAGGGGACAGUAAUAGCUGUGAGGAUCAUUUUGAUGAGUUUACUACCAAUUUAGAAGGCUGGGAUGAGGUACCUGAUGAAGCUUAUGACCUGCUCGAUAAACUUCUAGAUCUAAAUCCAGCUUCAAGAAUAACGGCAGAAGAAGCUUUGUUGCAUCCAUUCUUUAAAGAUAUGAGCUUAUGAUUAUGGUCCUUUUUUUCAUGUUUACUGUUGUGUAUUGUGAGGUGGAGUAAAAGAGUUCUUUGUAAUAGGCAUAAGGUUUUGUUUAUAGACCAGGGCAUAAUGAAUAAUUUAUUUUAAAAUGUUAAUAGUAUUUGCUGUGGUGGAAGGCUCUUAAAUAUAGAUUAAGAUUACUUAAAAUGCAUGAGAUACUUUUUUGGACUAACAACAUGAUCUUUGAGUUAAACCCACCUAAGUAGAAUCAGAAUUUUAGUUUGCUUAAUUUUAGCCUAGUACAUAAAGAUUCAUGAUAAAAGCUUAAAAUUAAUGGACGUGAUAAAGGUUAAAGGGAUCAAAAGAUUUAGUUUACUGAUUUCUUAGAGCCGUGAGCUAUGUAUACUUUUAGAAAACAAUUUGCUACUGGUGCUAUAACAAUUUUAUAGCUAAAGAAAAUAAUUUCCUUUUCUAGAGGUAUAUAUUAUACCUUUUAUGAACACUAAAACAAUGAGGACAUUUUGGUCAUGGGGCAAUAUCAUUUAAAAUUGAAUUUAAUGUAUCCAUUUUUAAGAGCUAUUUCAUGCAAGCAUUGUUUUGUAUGAAUCACCUUUUUUAUGUGAACUGCCUUUUCUAAAAGAUUUUUCUUGAUUUGUCUUUGGUCUCAGCUCCCACCUAACACAUUCUCCUUGGAAAUUAUAUGGUGCUUAUCCCAAAGUUUCUGGGUG